AUGGAGUGUGUUAGUGGAUUAUCAACCAGUGUCUAUUCUCAUCCUACAGCAGAAAAUUCAAACGCGUCUAUGACAACACACGAAACCACAAGUCACACAAUUGAAUACUCAAGAGAUGCACUGUCAUCAUAUGAGAAAACAACCGCUAAUCCAACAGAUGGACAAAUAAGUACCUCAAAACAAUCUUCAACCGAUUCCAUAACUUCAAAUGUACUAACUGACGAUCCAUCAACAGAUGAAAUCACACGUCCCGCAACACAAUAUCUAACAGAUUCCACUUCACCAGAUGUAACAACUGAUACACUUUUAACACACAACACCACACAUCCCGCCACACAAUAUUCAAAUGGUUCCAUGUCAUCAGAUAUAACAACUGAUGCUACAUUAACACACAACACCACACAUCCCGCAAAACAAUAUUCAAAUAGUUCCAUGUCAUCAGAUAUAACAACUGAUGCUCCAUUAACACAUAACACCACACAUCCCGCCACACAAUAUUCAAAUGGUUCCAUGUCAUCAGAUGUAACAACUGAUGCUCCAUUAACACACAACACCACACAUCCCGCCACACAAUAUUCAAAUGAUGUAACAACUGAUGCUCCAUUAACACACAACACCACACAUCCCGCCACACAAGAUUCAAAUGGUUCCAUGUCAUCAGAUGUAACAACUGAUACUCCAUUAACACACAACACCAAACAUCCCACGACACAAUAUUCAAAUGGUUCCAUGUCAUCAGAUGUAACAACUGAUGCUCCAUUAACACACAACACCACACAUCCCGCCACACAAUAUUCAAAUGGUUCCAUGUCAUCAGAUGUAACAACUGAUGCUCCAUUAACACACAACACGACACAUCCCGCCACACAAUAUUCAAAUGGUUCCAUGUCAUCAGAUGUAACAACUGAUGCUCCAUUAACACACAACACCACACAUCCCGUCACACAAUAUUCAAAUGGUUCCAUGUCAUCAGAUGUAACAACUGAUGCUCCAUUAACACACAACACCACACAUCCCGUCAUACAAUAUUCAAAUGGUUCCAUGUCAUCACAUGUAACAAUUGAAGCUCCAUUAACACACAACAUCACACAUCCUGCCACACAAUAUUCAAAUGGUUCCAUGUCAUCAGAU